GGGACCGUGUCCAGGGGUGGGGUGCGUGCGGAGGGGGAGAGGGAGAGAGAGAGAGAGAGGCACUGCGGACAAUGCCCGGCAGUUCCGGGGCGCCUCCGCAGCGUGCCUUCCCUUCUUGGAGAGGCGGCCCAUGCGGCAGGCAGGCGGAGUGGGCGCCGCAAUGACACCAGCCCCGGCAGUGGCGGACUGAGCCAGCCCAAGAGCCCGGAAAGGGGGGACAAGAUGAACACCACCUCCCUGGACGGUGGCGGCGGCGGCGGCCCCACCAACCACAGUGGUGACGGCGGCGGUGCCCGGCCCUUCUGCCUCCUCUCGACCGGCGGCGAGGGCGGCUACCCGGACUCCCUGGACGUCUGCCUGCUGGAGGUGGUCAUCAUUGUCUUCCUGACGGCCCUCAUCAUCUCAGGCAACCUGGUGGUGAUCGUGGUCUUCCACUGCGCCCCCCUCCUCAACCACCACACCACCAGCUACUUCAUCCAGACCAUGGCCUACGCGGACCUGCUGGUGGGCGUGAGCUGCCUGGUGCCCUCCCUCUCGCUGCUGGGCUACCGCCUGGCCUUCCUCCCCGAAGCCCUGCUUUGCAAGGGCUUCGGCUACGCCGUCUCGGUCCUCAAGAGCGUCUCCAUGGCCUCCCUGGCAUGCAUCAGCGUGGACCGCUACCUGGCCAUCACCAAGCCCCUCUCCUACAACACCCUCGUCACCCCUUGCCGCCUCCACCUCUGCAUCGUCCUCAUCUGGCUGUACUCGGGGGCCAUCUUCCUGCCGGCCUUCUUCGACUGGGGCAAGCCGGGCUACCACGGGGACGUGUUCCGAUGGUGCGCCGACGCCUGGGAGACCCGGGCGGCCUUCACCCUCUUCAUCGUGGUCCUGCUCUACGCCCCGGCCGCCUUGGUGGUCUGCUUCACGUACUUUAGCAUCUUCCGCAUCUGCCAGCAGCACACCAAGGAGAUCAACGAGAGGCGGGUGCGUUUCAGCUCCCAGGAAGGGGGCGAAGCGGGUGAGGCCCAGCCCUGCCCGGACAAGCGCUACGCCAUGGUCCUCUUGCGCAUCACCAGCGUCUUUUACCUCCUCUGGUUGCCCUACAUUGUCUACUUCCUUCUAGAGAGCUCCUCUGUCUACCGCAACCGGGUGGCCUCCUUCCUGACCACCUGGCUGGCCAUCAGCAACAGCUUCUGCAACAGCGUCAUCUACAGCCUCUCCAACAGCGUCUUUCAGAAGGGACUCAAGCGCCUCUCGGGGGCCUUUUGCGCCUCCUGCGCCCGGCACCGGGUGCCGAAGGACUCCACGGCCUCCCGGAGCAAAAGGCCUUCCAACGGCGGUGGCGGGGGUCACGCCUAGGAGACAGCUUGCUCUCAGACUGAAAAAAAUAAAAUAAAAAUAAAUUAAUGUCCAGGUUUGCAAAAAAAAAGAGAGAGAGAGAGAGAGAGAGAGCGAAAGGAACUCAUAGUACAUGUGCAUGAGCCCAGGAACCUAUGAGAAAUGCUGCUGAUGGACAAGAAUGAAGGAUGAUCCACACGCAUGUGUUGUCUGUUUUGAUGUUUCACUUGG